GGGUUGGGAAAGAAGGAAGCUUCACACUUACGGGCUGGUAAAGCAUAACACACACUGCUGCAAGGAAAAUUCAGAGAGAAUCUCGGGAGGAAAGUGGCCAUGGACCUGAUCCCAAGCUUUUCCACAGAAACCUGGGUUCUCCUGGCUACCAGCCUGGUGCUCAUCUAUCUAUAUGGGAUCCAUACACAUGGGAUUUUUAAGAAGCUGGGAAUUCCUGGGCCAACACCCCUCCCAUUUGUGGGAACCAUUCUGGGCUAUCGUAGGGGUUUUUGGGAUUUUGACCAGGAAUGUUUUAAAAAGUAUGGAAGAAUGUGGGGGUUCUAUGAUGGCCGACAGCCUAUGUUAGCUAUCACUGACCCAGACCUGAUCAAAGCGGUCCUUGUGAAGGAAUGCUACUCUGUCUUCACAAACCGACGGACUCUUGGUCCAGUGGGGUUUAUGAAAAGUGCCAUCACUGUGGCUGAGGAUGAAAACUGGAAGAGAAUAAGAACAUUGCUGUCUCCAACCUUCACUAGUGGAAAGCUCAAGGAGAUGUUCCCUAUCAUUGGCCAGUAUGGAGAUGUGUUGGUGAGGAAUCUGAGGAAGGAAGCAGAGAAAGGCAAACCCAUCAACUUGAAAGACAUCUUUGGGGCCUACAGCAUGGAUGUGAUUACUAGCACAUCAUUUGGAGUGAACAUCGAUUCCCUCAACAACCCACAAGAUCCUUUUGUGGAACAUAUCAAGAUACUCCUAAAAUUUAAUUUAUUUGAUCCACUGCUUCUCUCAAUAAUGCUCUUUCCAUUCCUUACCCCAAUUUUUGAAGUAUUAAAUAUUCAUCUGUUUCCAAAAAGUGUUACUGAUUUUUUCAUAAAAACUGUAGAAAGAAUGAAAGAAAGUCGCCUCCAAGAUAAACAAAAGCACCGAGUGGAUUUUUUGCAGCUGAUGAUUAACUCGCAGAAUGCCAAAGAAAUAGACUCCCAUAAAGCUCUGUCUGAUCUGGAGCUCAUUGCCCAGUCUAUUAUCUUUAUUUUUGCUGGCUAUGAGACCACUAGCACUUCUCUCUCCUUCCUUAUGUAUUUAUUGGCCACUCACCCUGAUGUGCAGCAGAAACUGCAGGAGGAGAUUGAUGCCACAUUUCCCAAUAAGGCACCUCCCACUUAUGAUGCCAUGUUCCAGAUGGAGUAUCUUGACAUGGUGUUGAAUGAAUCUCUCCGAUUAUUCCCAGUUCUUGGCAGACUUGAAAGAGUAUGUAAGAAAGAUGUGGAAAUCAAUGGGGUGCUCAUUCCCAAAGGGACAGUGGUGAUUGUGCCAAGCUUUAUUCUUCACCGAGACCCAGAGUACUGGUCAGAGCCUGAGGAGUUCCAACCUGAAAGGUUCAGUAAGUCAAACAAGGACAACAUAAAUCCUUAUGCAUACAUGCCCUUUGGAAAUGGACCCCGGAACUGCAUUGGCAUGAGGUUUGCUCUAAUGAACAUGAAGCUUGCUGUCAUCCGAAUUCUGCAGGACUUCUCCUUCAAGCCUUGUAAAGAAACACAGAUCCCUCUGAAAGUAGAAUCUCAAGGAAUUACUCAACCACAAAAACCCAUUGUUCUAAUGGCUGAAUUGAGAGAUGGGACUGUAAGUGGAACCUGAAUUUCACCUUGUUCUUCAAGGGAGCUGCGUCCGUGGCACCUGAGAUCUUGAUUACUUUGUGAAUAAAACCCAGAAAUGAACUUAA